UGAGUAGUGUUGUUCGUAGGGGGAAAUUACAAAACCUAAAUAAACAGUGUGUCAGUUUGUCCUCAGAGAGGCUGACAGGAUGCAGAGAGCAUUGAGUCUGGUGUCUCUCCUGGUCCUGGGGUCGGCUUGGACCCUGCAGGCAGCCCAUGUGCUCACAGAACCUCUUAUCCUCACACAGGAGAACUUCGAUCUGGGCCGGUUUAUGGGAAAGUGGUAUGAGGUAGCAGUGGUUUCUACUUGUCCUCACUACAUGCAGAGAAAGCGGGGAAACCCCAUCAUUGCUGCACUGGAGCUGCAACAUGUUCCAUGUGAGGACAACUUCACAAUGAUGGGCACUAGUUUCAGGAAUGGCUCAUGUAAGCAGAUGUCCACAGUUCAUGGUCUGACCACCACUCCAGGACGAUUCUACCACCAUGUUGCAAGGUUCGGAGCAGAUGUUGAUUCCUUUGUGGUUCAUUCCAACUAUGAUGAGUAUGCAAUGAUGCUUCUGCUGAGCACAGAGAAACCAUCAGGAAAUAAAACCACCACAGUCAAGCUUUAUAUUAUUCUGUCUUCUUCAGGUCGAAAUAUGAAUGUGAGGGCUGCUGUGCUGGACGACUUCAAAACACUGGUCAGACAACAUGGAUUAAGUGACGACACUAUCAUCAUGAAUCAGAACAAAGAACCCCCCCAUCUUACUUUCUCCCCAGGUGAGUGUGUUCCAGGUGAGCAGGGGACAAAGCCCAUCACUACUCAGCCUCAGGGUGGGAGACCAUGUGGAACACUUGAAAAGGACGAUCGUCACACAAACACUUACCAGACUAAAAUAUUUUCACACUGUUGAGUGUGAAAACACAUUUUCGACAGUGGAUAAAUAAUGAUUUUCCCCUGUGUAGAAUCAAUAAAGUCUUAUCUCUUAUCUUAUGGUAAAAUAAUCACUGUUUAGUUAGUACUGACUUCCUAUGGAUAUGGUACACACUGUAUAAAUACUAUACUGUAUGUUAAUUUAGCACUAUUUUUAUUAUGGUAUUUUCAUUUAUGUGAAAAGGCUUGGUAUGUCAAAAGUAAGUUGUAAUGGAGGCGCUUUGCAAAUAAAAUUAUUCAGUGUUAAUCUGAGUGCAUUUGA